ACUUGCAAACGUUUGCGCCGUACGAAACGCUUAUUUGUUUAAUCUAUUCGAGCCUCGGUUAAUUGUUCGAACCAACGGAUAAUAUAAAAAUCGUUCGUUUAUUGACACAGUGAAUGAGAAAAUAAUUCGUGUGCUCUUAGUUUUUACACGUUCGAUCAUUGAUCGUAUAGUUGAAUUUUUUAAAUAAAAAUUCAUCGUACAGCUCCUCUUGUGGCAAAUACGUUGUGAUUUGAAUUUCAAUUCUUUACUUUGAAGUACCGGUUCGAAACUACGCCCAAAGUUUCCUCUUGCUCGUCUGCGCUGCCACAAUCUUCACUUUGAAUUACAAAUUUCUGUGAGCAAAGUGAAAAACAUACUACUUUAUACGAAUUUAGUUUGUAAAUUUAGAAUGUGGCGGGAAAACUAACGUCAUUGGCCCUGCGAUUAAUAUUUGCCAAACACUAUUUAUAUUUUUUUAGUGAAAUGAUCAAUUUUAAAUUAACGAGCAAGAGGAAAGAGAACACUUAUCGUGCUUCCAAUGUAAAAUAUUAAAUUUGAAAUGGUUGACGAACGAUCUACUGCUGGAAAGAAGAGUAUUAAUAUUCAAACCAGGACGGAUGUUAGACCCAUAUCGAGAAUGUAUCGAAGAGAUCUACUAAAGUAAAUUGUAAUCGAUUCUGUGCUUUGGAACGCAUUGAAAAUGUAUGACGCGCCUCGACUUUGAAAGCGUAUGACCCGAGUGUUUCAAGUUCUCCGAGUUUUUAUUAGUGAAAUCGAAAAGUAGCAAGGAAAUCUUUCUAUAUAGAAGCUUAUUCUGCCUUUGCUAAAAAUGGACUGGUCGAUGUCAGAUAUUCGCUCAGCCAGGAAUUUUGCACAUUUAUCCAGGGCUGUACCUAUGUUUUUCUCUGUGGAAGAAGUGCAUGAGAAACUAUCAAAACUUCUAGGUAAUGGUGACAUACAGUGGUGUUUUUCACAGGUGAAAGGAACAUUAGAAGACGAUGUUACUGAAGCUGAUAUAAUCUCAUGUGUUGAAUUUAACCAUGAUGGCGAUCUUCUUGCAACAGGAGAUAAAGGUGGUCGGGUGGUUAUUUUUCAGAGGGAUCCUGUCAGUAAAAACAGUAUACCCCGAAGAGGUGAAUACAAUGUAUACAGCACCUUUCAAAGUCACGAACCUGAAUUCGAUUACCUGAAAUCAUUAGAGAUAGAGGAAAAAAUUAACAAAAUUAGGUGGUUAAAAAGAAAAAAUCCAGCACAUUUUCUACUUUCCACAAAUGAUAAAACAAUUAAAUUGUGGAAAGUCAGUGAACGAGAUAAAAGAGUAGAAGGCUAUAAUACAAAAGAAGAAAAUGGUACAAUUCGUGACCCCGCUUGUAUCACUUCCUUGAGGGUACCAACUAUAAAACCAAUGGAGUUGAUGGUAGAAGCAUCCCCAAGGAGAAUAUUUGCCAAUGCGCACACCUAUCAUAUAAACAGUAUAAGUGUUAACAGUGAUCAGGAAACAUACCUCAGUGCUGAUGAUCUUAGAAUUAACCUUUGGCACCUUGAAAUCACAGACCAGAGUUUUAAUAUAGUAGACAUUAAGCCAACUAAUAUGGAGGAACUAACAGAAGUAAUAACUGCCGCGGAAUUUCACCCAGCAGAAUGUAACGUCUUGGUUUAUAGUAGUAGCAAAGGAACAAUUAGACUCUGUGACAUGAGAUCUGCUGCGCUUUGUGACCAACAUAGUAAGCUCUUUGAAGAACCAGAAGAUCCAACAAACAGAAGUUUCUUCUCCGAAAUAAUUUCGAGUAUAAGUGAUGUGAAACUUAGUAAUUCAGGAAGAUAUAUGAUCAGUAGAGACUACCUCAGUGUGAAAGUGUGGGAUUUGCAAAUGGAAACAAAACCCAUUGAAUGUUACCCUGUACAUGAAUACCUAAGAUCAAAGUUAUGUUCAUUAUAUGAGAAUGAUUGUAUCUUUGACAAAUUCGAGUGUUGUUGGAGUGGUAAUGAUUCUGCUAUUAUGACGGGUUCAUACAAUAAUUUCUUCAGAGUAUUCGAUCGUACAACUAAACGUGAUCUCACAUUGGAAGCAGCACGUGACAUUGCCAAACCAAAAACACUUCUAAAACCACGUAAAGUUUGUACUGGUGGUAAACGUAAAAAGGAUGAAAUUAGCGUGGACUGCCUUGAUUUCAAUAAAAAGAUACUACAUACUGCUUGGCAUCCAUCUGAAAAUGUAGUAGCUGUUGCUGCUACGAAUAAUCUCUUCCUAUUUCAAGACAAACUCUAGCACAUCUGUAUGCAGAUCAUUCAGCGGUACAUAUUGACGUGAGCAAGGCACGUUCAACUGAAAAAUCCCAAUGGAACAAGGGAUGCCUGAAUUAUACUGACGAAAGUCAACUAUUAAUAUGUCAAUGGUUGACUGACCGAAAAGUGGUGUACGUAGCGCCGUCCACACAGCUCACAUAUUCAUACACACUAUGUAUACACACAAAGACAUACAGAAUUGCACGUAACACCUUGUCGCGCGUAUAUAUGUAUAUAAAUGCAUGCAAGCAAAGACAUAUGCAUAGCUCUCCAAUUUAUUGAAUUCCGCUAGUUCAAAUAAAAUGCACGUGGAAUCAUUGCCCAUUGACAAAGAAAAAUGUACAGUUCAAUCAAUCAAGAGACUCGUGUUGGCGGUUAUUAUUUAAAUAUUUUAAUAGAAGAUUAAUAUAUUCAGUUCGCUUGUAUAAUAGAAAUUUUGAUACCGUACAAUUUAAAGUGCUUUUUAAUAUAGGUGAUUUUUCUACGUAUGGAAUGGUAUCUGUAAAAGAAACUGCAUUAGUAGGAUCAACUGCAUAGAAUUAAAAGUCGCUAGAUGCGAUAAUUGUGUUCUCGGUACAUGUGUGUAGCAUAUAAUACCUUUGCUUAAUAAAUUAUUUGCCAACCAAAAUGCCUAGACAUGCAAAAUUAAAAGUAGAGAUGAUUAUAUGUGCCAAGAGAUGUGAGAUUAAUGUGUAGCUCGUUACUAUUUUAUUCUCAAUCCAGUAUUCUUUUUCAUAACUUCUCGCGUAGUACAAUUUUGUGUUUUCGGUAGAUAGCUCAUUUUCAAAAUUAAAUUUUUCUGUGUCGAAAACUAUAUCCUUUAUAUAUCAAAUUCGUUGCUGAUUUUAGAGUAAAAAUAUUUUCAUAACUAUUAACAAUUGCAUUUAAAAUAUACCAGCAGUUACCAUUAAGAAGAAAGCCGAGCUUUCAAUUAUUUCAAUUAGUCGUUUGUUGUCAUACAUAACUUAGUAAAAGAUAAUAUUAAAUAAUAGGCCUAUAUCCUCGUGUCUUUAUUUCCUAAAUAAAAUAUAUUAUCAAAUACCCUUAUCAUGGCAUGUUAAAAAACAAAUAUUCGCCGAUACGAGUCAAAAUAUGAGAAGACAAGACAAAUUCACCUUUCAGUGAAACUUUGAAGAAAAAUGAACAUCAAUGCAUUGCAUACUUUAAACAGUAAAGAGUAUGAGUGUAAAGCACCAUUCGUCAGUUGCCGCUUUCUAAUAAUAAGAAAAAGAAAGGACUCAGUCAAGAAGUAUAAGGAACUUACGAUAACUGUAAGUGGAAUACAGGUUUUCUAAUAUUUCUUAUUGACAACUUAUUAACACUUAUACUCUUACACAUAUAAGCAGCGAUUUCCUACACGAAUUAAAAUAAAACUAAAAAGUGCAUUUGACGAUGGUAAGCUGCGCUUGCAGAGUUUAUAUGUAUAAAUUAAAUAUGUGCUGAGUAAAAUAUAUUAGCGGAAUAUAACGUCAACAUUGUGGAAUUUAUAGAGACGAAAUUUGAACGAAACCACGCGUGAUUGAAACAUACGCGCGGAUUAUCGAUUGCGAUCAAGGUGAAUAAAAUUGAAACUUUUUUAUCAAUGGAAAAAAUUCGAUAGCGAAAAUUGUCUUUAACGGGACAUACCUUAUAUUGGUGACUUAAAUUGUACAUGAUUGAGAAUUAGAAUUAGUAAUUUUCACGUGUAUAAAUAACAAUUCUUGAGUCAUAGGCAAAUAAACGACUUUCGAGGUUUCCUAACCAUAUAAGCAAUCAUAUAGUUUUAUAAAAAAAAAAAAAACAAAUAUAUGAUCGCUGUGCGGAAAUGAUUACAGGAGAUUCGCUUUAACACGUGAAUCGUCCUUAAUUUUUAUUUAAUUCUCCGAAAGAUCUGCUAUAUGGCCAAAAAUAGACACGCGUGAUAUAAAAAAAACUAUUUUAAAUUAAGCGCUUUGAAUGGUUUAAACUAAUCACAUUCUUAUUCAAAUGAUGUAAUAUUUAAGCAUUAAGUUUUAGGUACUGGAAAUUCUUGAUUAGCUAUUUUCUGAGUUAGACUUCAAAGUUCAACUUAAUUAAAAAAAGAAAUAUUGCAUAUUAUUACGUUUCUUGCAACAUAACUUUCAUACAACUUAUCUUAUUAAAAAAGAGAUGGCAAAAAAUGCAUUUGAUAUGGUAUAGCUUAAGAAAUUUAGUUGUGUUACUCCCAUGUUAACGAGAGAGAAGAAAAAGAAAAACCAUCUUCAAAUAAUCACGUGCAGACACAAUGCAUGAAACGUAAUAACUGUGUACCAAUCAAGGAUUAUUACUCAGUAUCUUUGUAACGCGAUAUUUAGGCAAUUGUGUACUCACAGAGAUAGGAGGUGAAAAGACGCACGAAUAAAAAAAUGCAAAAUUAUAAUCGAUAAGUUGUAAUCAUAAUUUGUUUUCAAAAGUAAUACGCGAUGGAACCGUGAAAUUCGUUCUAUACUCGAACAAAACGUAGACGUAUUUUUACAAUUAAGUAAUAUUAAUAUUAUUACUGCUAUUAUUAUUAUAAUUAUAGUUAUUAUUAUUAUUAUUAUUAUUAUUAUUAUUAUUAUUAUUGAUAUUAUUAUAGGGACUCUGCGUAACUUGUUUGUUUUGUUAACUGUUAUGCAGAUUUAGUCACGGUGAUGACGACUUGAUCUGUUCGGUUAGCUAGAUAGCAUGAUGAUGUAAAAUUGAUUGCGAAUUAAACGAUCGUAUUGAGAUACCGGAAUAGAACCAUACUUGUUCGCGCAGUAAACAAUUUUACGGAAAAACCGUUAUAUUCCGAAACACUGGAAGUAUGCAACGAAGAGCCCGGGGCUCCCGUUAGAUCUUUUAAUCUUCGUAAAAUCCAAUUGCUAACGGGAUCAAUGAAUAUGAGACUAAUGAAAUACAAUAAACUAUGAAAAAACAACAAUGGAUCCCAUUGAUUGAAACUAACUUAGGUAUAAAAUUAAUUUAAAAGGAAAUGCAAUUUGUAUCCGCUUGCUUGAUGCGAGGAGAUGAGAUUUAGGUCUCGUAUGUAUGGAUCCCUUCGAGAAAGACAUUUUAAAUAUUUAAAAACAUGCCUUACAACUGGUCGUAUCAUCGCUGCAUCCGUGCAUCGGACAAUCUGAAUUGACGUAAAGGAAGUUAAAAAGAAGUACACUGAGCAGAGUAGAAUUUUGGCACGCAGGACCUGUCUCGUUGUGAUAUAAUAAACGUCAUUGUAUUACUAGCCGAAUGUUGAAGCUCUAUUUUUAUUAAAGUAACCAUGUAUUAUUAGUCCAUACUUAGCGUUUUUAUAGCGAAUACGUAAAAGUCUUUUUACCUGUCUUGCGUGAGGUACGAUGAAGCGAAACUACAAUAGCGGGACUCGCAAUGUUUCAAUGUUGGUUUCUAUAAAGUUUUUCGUAACGUCGAUCAACUAUAUGUAACUUGUCGCGUGAAAUAUACUUUCUCCGGUUAUUAAUUCCAUAAUUUAUUUCUUCUCGCUAAUGCACGCAAUUAGGUAAAAAGAACGAUUAUGGUAUCCAUUGUCGAGUUAAGAAGAAUCGUGCCAUAGAAUGUUAUGCGUAAAGAAUACUGUCAUUUUUACUGUUUAUCUUACAUUGUACACUUCAUCAUCCUUUCAGCGGGCGAAAUUGCGGAUAAUACGGUCGAAUUCUUUUCGGGAUUCAAAAUUACUUAACGUCUGUUUGCACGGUACAGAUUUUUACGAGAAAUUUACGCUAUGAAAAAAAUGUAAAAGAUCAUGGAAUGAAGAUGUAAUUGAAAGAAAGCGUAAGGCAUAUAUAUUAGGUAGUCUUGAGAAGAAUGAUGUAAAGCAUAAAUGAGAAUAAUGAGCAAAACUACGUCGAAA